AUGGCAAGGAGGAGCGGGGCGGCAGGAGUGAGAGUGGUGGCGCCCCCAGCACACGUCCCGCAGACAGUCAACGCGCCCUCUGCCCUCCACCCGCCGCAGCACAAACCCAACUGGAGAUCGGACAAGACCAGUAGCAGCGAUACUGUCAAUAAGCCCAGGGUUAGUUUGAGUGACAGCAGCAGCAGCCCCGUGGAGCCGAUUAAGCCACUUCUAGAUCUGAGUCUUGGUGAUCCUAGUUGCUCCCUCACCGUGCCUCUCCACCCUGUGUUUGAUGAGGCGGCGCCCUAUAACGUGUCCGCCAUGACGGGGAACACUGCGUACCUCCACUGCCUCGUUCAUAACCUCGGCAACAAGAGUGUGUCGUGGAUCAGACAGCGGGACCUACACAUCAUGACGGUGGGGCGCUACACGUACACCACGGACCAGCGCUUCGAGGUGAUCCACUCCCCGGGCUCCAAGGACUGGAUACUCAAGAUUAAGUACGCACAAGUGAGAGACUCUGGCAACUACGAGUGUCAAGUGUCCACUAAGCCAGUGCGAACCUACGUUGUCCAUCUUAACAUCUUCGAACCCCAGGCGGAGAUUAUUGGCGCCCCAGACAUCCACGUGGACAUGGGCUCUGCAAUUAAUCUCACAUGCGUCAUCAGUCACAGCCCAGAGCCACCUGCUUACAUCUUCUGGUACCACAACGGCAAGGUGAUGAGUUACGACUCCCCCAGGGGAGGCGUCACCGUUAUGACGGACCACGGCAACUCUACCACCGGGUACCUGCUUAUACAGGACGCUCAAACCUCAGACACCGGGAACUACACGUGCGCUCCCUCCAACACCGCCGCAGCCUCCAUCGGUGUACACGUUCUUAAUGGGGAAACUCCGGCCGCCAUGCAGACCAACGGGAUGGAGUCACUUCUCUCGCGUCCCGUGGUGGUGGUGCUUCUGGCCCUGCUGUCACUACUGGCGGCGGACCUCCCCCUGCCCCCCAGUGCCGGUGUCAAGGGCGGGGCGGCACUGGCAGGGAUCUGGAAGGGUCUCAGCAGUCUCAUCUCCUGGAGUCUCCCGGUCCACUCCUCCAGAAGUGUGUUCACGUAGGGGGUUUCGGUGCAUAGAUCCGCCCCAGCCCCCCCCUUCAGCUACUCCCCUCCACCCACUCCCCACGCCGCCAGUGCCUUCUGUGUGUGUGUGUGUGUGUGUGUGUGUGUGUGUGUGUGUGUGUGUGUGUGUGUGUGUGUGUGUGUGUGUGUGUGUGUGUGUGUGUGUGUGUGUGUGUGUGUGUGUGUGUGUGUGUAUGAAUGUUUGUAAGUACGCAGAGCCCCAUCGGUCCGUGCCUCGGCCAUUUUCUCCUUUCCUUCCAUCACACACACGCACACACACCGUCCCUUCCUUUCCUCCUGCCCCUCCCCAACUCUCCAUCCUCUCCCCUCCUUUCAAACUGUACAGAAGAAAAGACUACAUCAAGUCUUAACGUCUCUCCUCCUCUCCCGUGAAGAGACUAUUUGGUGCGCGACAACACGUCACACAGUAUACAUAAAGAACAUUUGCUGCUCAGUCUAUGUACGUAGCGUAGAUAGAUGCCGUCGAUGGAGUGAUAUUUUCGUAGUUUCAAGACAUAAUAACAGGGGGUCGUGGGGAGUGUUUGUCUAUAACAACACGGUCCUGACUUUAUACAUUUUCUAGUGAACUGUAAAUAACUGUGUGAGUGUGUGAAAGAAAGAGAGGGAGAAGGAAAAUAUGGGAUAUGUUGUUCGUUUAUAUACUCUUUGUAAGAAGGUCCUUCGAGGCGCCUCCCUGGCCGCGACGGAGGCUGCCUGGCCGACGCCUCGCCCCUACCAGGGACACCAGUGUGUUCACCCAACCGCAGCCACAAACAGAGACAGUAUUGUGUGUCGAGGCUGCCCAGAGACACGCCCUGCAGGAUGGACCAGCGGCGCCCACACUAUCGAGCUCUUCGUGUCGCCCUCCCAAGGAAGGCGCAGCGGGGCACGUCCGUCACCGCCAUGGUUUCGAUGUCUCAUGAAUCAGUGUUGAUUGGUAAUAAGCUGUGCGACCCCCAGUAGUUCCCGCCCCGUCAGGGUCACGACGCGAGGAUGGAUAGCCCGAUGUGGGUGUGGGAGUCUCUCGCGGGCGCCAGCUGGACCACAGUGUGUAGCAACAUAGUUCACCAAGCACCCGUACCUCUGCUGACAGGCAGAUGUUUAUAUUGGCAAUGUAUGUUUUCGUCUGUGCAUAGAAGUUUCUCCAUAUUUGUUUAGAGAAUCCACCAAGCUACUAAGCUUUCUCCUGUAUAUUUUCUUUGUAAAUAAAGGACUGCCCUGGAAUUUCCAGUGACAGAGAUAGGAAAA